AUGAUUAUAUGGGAUGCACCAAUGGCCAGACGACAAACAAUAGAAACGGUCGACAAGAUCUUCAGAGGCAUAAUGGACAUCGAUAAAUCAUUCGGUGGAAAAGUCAUGGUCUUUGGAGGAGAUUUUCGGCAGGUAUUACCAGUUGUUCCAAAAUUAACUAGAGCAGAAAUUAUAAAUGCAAGCUUGGUAAAAUCAUAUCUCUUUCAUUUGAUUGAGAAGAUUCAAUUUACAAGAAAUAUGAGAGCAAGAACAGAUCCAACAUUCAGUGAGUUCUUACUUCGAGUGGGUAACGGUGAUGAACCAACAAUAAGAGACAAUUUAAUUCUACUCCCAGAGCAGAUGACUAUCAAAUAUUCUCGGGACGGAAUUCCAAAAGAAUCCAUAAUAAAAGAGAUAUGUCAGAACCUGCGAGAAAAUGCUGCCACUACAAAAUAUGUCACUGAAAGAGCUAUUUUAGCAAGCAGAAAUGACCAUGUGGAUAAACUUAAUGACAAGUUAAUAUCCCAGUUCACAGGUAAAAGCAAGAUAUUUAAUAGCUUUGACUCAGCAGAAGAUGACACCAACAACUAUUAG